UGAAAGAGGACGAAGAAAAACACUUCAACGAGAAUUACGUAGAGAACAAGAAGCUAAAGAUAGAUUUCAGUGUGAAAAUUUUCGACUUCAAUCAAUUAUUGGCUUACUAGUUCAACAACAACAACAACCAAACUCGGCCAAUUUAAAUACACAACUUGGUAUUGAACUGAAUAAUUUAGCAGCGAUCAUGCCUAAUAAUUUGUAUAAUUCUUGGACUGGAAAUACUCCCUCUUCGUCUUCUGCUGUUGCUGCUCCACCAAUCCAUCCACCACUACAACAACCACCCCCACAAUCUUUACUUCAACCACAAUCUUCAAAUCCUUGGACUCCUUGUCGGAAUGCUGCAGCAUUUGAUUUUAUUAAUUUUCAACAACAAUUACCUCCACAGUCUUUAUUUGGAAAUGUUGGGGGACCAGGAGAAUGUUUAGCAGCUCCAAUACUUUCCUCUUCUUCUUUAAUUUCACAACAACAAACAAAACAACAUCAAAAAAUUAAUCAACAAAAUAGUGAAGAUGAAAUUAAAAUUUUUAGAACUGGACAGCACAAUACUGACUCUUUUAGUGGGUCUUCUCGUUUAACAACCGGAGAUUUAACUGAAAUGGAACGUGAAAAGAAUGAUUUGUUAGUUAGUGAUGUUAGUUCUAAAGAAUUUUGUUCUUCACCCGAAGUUGAACGUGCAGGAGGAAAUACUACAACGACUUUACACGGACUUUCUUUUUCUGUUGAUGAUUGUCAAAAUCUUUUUAGUUUAAAUCGUAAAAGUGUUGGAGGAGGAGGAGGGAAAGAUAAUUCUUUCCCAAUUUUAUUUCCAGAUGUUGAAUUACCGUUGAGAGAUGAUGGUUACGCAACAAGCGAAACAAAUAUGUCAGCUUCGGGAAUAGCAAAUAGUGAAUGUACUACAAAUACAGUUAAUGAUGGAGGAGGAGAGGGAAGUAUUUCCUCAAGUAAUUUAUUAUUUGGAAAUUCUAAUAAUGUUUUUAAAACUCGACGACGUUCUAAAAGCACGGGACAGUUAACUACAACUUUUUAA